AUGCAGCAAGUGUACUAUUUCUCCGCUAUUAUUGUCUCAGUUAUUUUUAAUUUUGUAGGAAUCAUUAUGAGUUUUUUUAUUACAGUGGUCAGUUACAAAAUGUGGGUCAAAAGCCACAGAAUCUCCUCUUCUGAUAGGAUCCUGUUCAGCUUGAGCAUCACCAGAUUUCUUAUGCAGGGAUUGUUUUUCCUGAAUAUUAUCUUGUUAUUCUCUUCAGAUUUUUCAAGGUCAGUGUCGUUUUCCUCUUUCUUUGUGUUUUGUUGGAUGUUUUUGGAUUCUAGCAGUCUCUGGUUUGUGACCUUGCUCAACAGCUUGUACUGUGUGAAGAUUACUAACUUCCAACAUGCGGUGUUUCUCCUGCUCAAACGAACUAUCUCCCCAAAGAUUCCCAGGCUGCUGCUGGCCUGUGUGCUGAUUUCUGCCUUCACGUCUCUCCUGUACGUUGUGCUCAGCGAAACAUCACGUUUUCCUGAAUUUGUGACUAGUAGAAAUGGCACAUUAUUUGACAAAGGCAUCUUGCCUUUGGUGGCCUCUUUGGUCUUGAGCUCAUUUCUCCAGUUGGUCAUCAAUGUGACUUCUGCUUCUUUGUUAAUCCAUUCCUUGAGGAGACAUGUACAGAAGAUGCAGAGAAAUGCCACUGAUUUGUGGAAUCCCCAAAUGGAAGCUCAUGUAGGUGCUAUGAAGCUGAUGAUCUCUUUCCUCAUCCUCUACAUUCCAUAUUGUAUUGCUGCCCUCCUCCAUUACCUCCCUUCUUACAUAGAGUUGGAUUUGGGGACCAGAAGCAUUUGUGCGAUUUUCACCACCCUUUACUCUCCAGGACAUUCUGUUCUCAUUAUUAUCACACAUCCUAAACUGAAAAUAAAAGCAAAGAAGAUUCUUUGUCUCCACAAAUAG